AUGUUCUUGGAGAGAAUUAACCACGUUACGGGUGAACGAGAGUGGGAGGUUGCUGAUGAGAAUCAUGACUUAGCGCAGGAGAUUGCAACAAAUAGCGUCACAGCGGUGGAUCGACUAUCGGAUCGCUUGAUGGCUAUAAAAGUAGAUACAGGAGAAGUGGAAUUGCGAGUCGUCUCUGCUUAUGCGCCACAGAUGGGCUGUAGUGAAGAAGAGAAGGCGUGCUUUUGGGAAGAUCUGGAGCAGUACGUCCAAUCCCUGGAAAGCGAAGAAGUACUUUUAAUCGGAGGAGACUUCAACGGACAUGUCGGUUCCCGGAAAGACGGAUUCGAGAGUUGUCAUGGUGGAUACGGCUAUGGAGCUCGUAACGACGACGGGUUGCGAAUCCUGGAGUAUGCUGUUGCAAGUGACUUGAUCAUUGCUAACACGCAGUAUCGGAAAAGAAAAUCGCAUUUGAUCACGUACACCAGCGGCGGUCGUGAAACACAAAUAGAUUUCUGGAUGUUACGCCGACGAGAUCGCCGACUUCUGCAGGAUUCAAAAGUCAUCCCUACAGACCAUGUCGCUGCCCAACACCAUCUGCUCGUUAUGGACUUGAAAAUCUCCCGUCCAAGGAAGAGACAUCCAAGGACUGAAACACAGCGCAUCAAAUGGUGGAAUCUGAAGGAUCGAAAGGAGGUAUUUUUCGCGUCCAUGGCUCCAUCUACACUUCCCCACCCUACUCAUAGUGUGGAGGAAAUGUGGUUGUCUACUUCCAGCGUUAUACGCUUGACCGCGGAAAACACUCUGGGAAAGACGACUCUAGGUAAGCCAAAGGUACAAAAGGCUACGUGGUUUUGGAACGAGGAAGUUCAGGCGGCAAUUUGUGAGAAGAAGUCCAAGUAUAAGCUCUGGUGGAGGACGCGUCAGCCUGAAGAUCGGGGUGCUUACCUAGCGGCGAAGAGGGAGGCUAAGAAGGCAGUCUCCAAGGCGAAGUCGGACCGCUACAAGGCUGUGUACGACAUGCUUGAUACCAGAGAAGGCGAGCGGGCAGUGUAUCGUUUAGUCAGAGCACGUCAUCGCUCAACGUUGGAUAUGGAGCACAUCAAGAUCGUUAAGGGAGCUGAUGGAGCCGUUCUGCGCCGCUCUGGUCAGAUCCUGGAGAGGUGGCAAGAGUACUACAGUCACUUGUGUAACGAAGAGUUCUGUCAUCCUCCCAUCCCAACCGUUCCCAGCGUCGAGGGUCCUGUUCUACCAAUUACUGCCGUCGAAGUCAGUGCUGCCCUCGCAAAAAUGAAGUCGAACAAGGCAACUGGUCCUGAUGACAUGCCUGUUGAUUUCUGGAAGCUGCUAGGAGAUCGAGGGUCCAUGUGGCUCGCAACUCUAUUUAACAAGAUCGUUGCAGAAGGACGGACUCCAGACGUUUGGCAAACUUCCGUGACCGUGCCUGUCUGGAAAGGGAAAGGAGACAUUGCUGACUGCACCUCGUACAGGCCUAUACGACUGCUCUGCCAUACGAUGAAGGUUUUUGAGCGUGUCCUGGAAGCUCGUCUGAGGAAAAUUGUUAGCGUUUCACUCAACCAGUGCGGUUUUGUGAAGGACUGCAGCACUAUAGAUGCUAUCCAUGCUGUCCGAAUCCUUCUGGAGAAACAUCGAGAGAAGAACCGCAGUGUGCAUCUUGCUUUUCUCGAUCUCAAGAAAGCUUUCGACCGUGUCCCACAUGAGCUGUUAUGGAUGUCCAUGGGGUCGCAUAGAGUACCAGAAGAAUAUGUGCGGUGGACGAAGCUGCUUUAUGCGAAGCCUACCAGCGUUGUACGAUGUGCUGUUGGAACAAGCAGGCCAUUCCCUGUACGAGUAGGGAUUCAUCAGGGUUCAUCCCUCUCACCUCUGCUGUUCAUACUGUGCAUGGACACGAUAACGAAGGAAAUCCAGAAGCAGCAUCCGUGGACUCUACUCUUUGCCGACGAUGUCAUGCUCGCGUCGGAGUCUCGAGAUGAUCUUCAGAAACAAGUGCAGUCUUGGAAGGAUCAGCUGCAGCAAUAUGGAUUGCGCCUCAACACAUCAAAAACUGAGUACAUGGAGAGUAGAUUCGCUGAUAUGAUUCUUGAUCACCAUCGCAACGACAUGUUUCUGGCUGGUCUCCGUACUGUAAUCCAGGAGAAGAAAGUGCAGGAUGUCCCCGCUCACGUUCUAGAUAUAGGCACAGGAACGGGUCUACUUUCACUGAUGGCAGCUCGAGAAGGGGCAGACAGUGUGACAGCUGUUGAGGUGUUUUUACCAGUGGCUGACUGUGCUCGUUCUAUAAUUCAGUCGAGUCAGUGGAAAGAUAAAAUUACUGUGAUAUCCUCGAGAUCUACAGAUCUGUCAUCAUUAACAUCUAAACCUAAUAUUAUUGUAGCAGAGGUCUUCGAUACAGAGUUGAUUGGUGAAGGAGCGUUGCGGACAUUUAAGGAAGCGUUAGAAAAUCUCGUGCAGCCUAGUUGUCGUGUAGUUCCGUCUCGCGCUCGGGUUUGGGUAGUUCCUGUUGAGAGCGAAUUUCUCACGAAGUACAACCGCAUACCCCGAAUUUGCGAAGGAGAUCAGCCAUUGGGAGAUUGUCCAGGGACUGCAGCUGUUUACGACGUACAGUUAUCGCAGGUCCAUUCUCAUCAAUUCACCCGUUUAUCAGAGCCGAUCUUAGCUUUCUCAUUUGAUUUUGAAUCUUCCGACUCAAUUAUCUACGACGAGACCUUUGACAAGAUAGUAACUUGUAAAGAGUCAGGUCGGAUCGACGCUAUUAUGAUGUGGUGGGAUUUGGACAUGGAUGGCAAAGGCGAGUUUUGGAUAGAUAUGGCUCCAAAAUGGGCCACUAAUGAUUAUCAUUGGCGCGAUCACUGGAUGCAAGCUGUCUACUAUCUUCCGCAUCGUGUUCACGUUGAUAGGGGAACAGAGAUUACGUUGAAGUGCAGCCAUGAUGAAUUCAGCAUGUGGUUCUCCGUCGGCGAGGAAUGUUUCGAGAGAGUCUACUGCAAUUGUCAACUGCACACAAUAGCGUCGAGACAGACGAUAUUUUCAAUGAACGAGCUACUUGACAAUGAUCUCUUCCGCGAUGCGAUCAAAUCUGUUUGUGAAGGACGCAAGACGAUAGUGCUUGGAGAGGGUUCGCUAUUGUUUCUACUUGUAGCGCCUGUGGCCACUUCAGUUACUGUCGUGGAUUCAAAUCCUCAUUUCCGAGAAAUCUUAAGAAGAUAUGUUUCUUACUACAAAUUCCACAACGUGAAUGUCGUCGAGAGCACAACUGACGUGUCCGCUGAUAACGAUGUUGUCGUUGGAGAGCCAUUUUACCUGUCUGCUAUGACUCCAUGGCAGAACCUUCGGUUUUGGUAUGAUUUGAAAUCCUUACGUGAGCACUUAAAGAAGGACAUCGAAGUUCAUCCACAGACGGCUACUUUGUAUGGUAUAUGCGAGCGAUUUGAUAAUCUGCAAAAUAUUGCUGCUCCUGUUGGGCAGGUACACGGAUUUGAUUUGUCAUCGUUUGACGAUCUGUCUCAGAAGGCACGACAAGCAGUAGAAGCCGUUGUGGAUAUACAUUCUCUGUGGGAAUACAGUGGUGUGACGACUAGUGAGAAAUUUGAAGUGUUACGAUUUGACCUGCAAGAAGAACCGCACGAUCUCAAUGCCAACUUUGAAAUACUGUCAACAUCUGGAACGAAUGGAGUUCCAUUAUGGAUGGAGUGGCAUAUAGGAAAUUAUACGGUUACUACUGGACUAAAACACGAACCACGUAUAGGUGAAACACCUGAGUGGAAGGAAGGUGUGCGACAAGGUGUGUACCUUUUGUCUCCAUCUCUGCUUCAAAAGUCUAACAUUCGAAUUGAUGCCCACUUUGAUCGACGAGUGGGAGAAGUUCUCUUCCAGUUUUAUUAA